AGAAAUCUAGCAAGUCAAAGAAGAGAAAACACAAGGAUACUGAUGCUGGUGAUGCUUCUGCUGCCGAUCAAGUUGUGGUAAAAGAAGAUAAGAGAAAGAAGAAGCAUCCAGUUGUGCUGGAAGAGAGCAGUCAGAAGGAGACACUUGAUACUACUGCUGAAAAUUCAGUGGAAGAAAGAGAUGGGGUUGAGGGGAAGCAAUGUAGCAAGUCAAAGAAGAGCAAACACAAGCAUAAUAAUGCUGGUGAUGCUUGCUGCCGAUCAAGUUGUGGCAAAUGAAGAUAAGAAGAGAAAGAAGAAGCAUCUAGUUGUGCUGGAAAAGAGCAGCCAAACCAAAAAUACUAGCAAAGAUGAGAAUGGAGAGAUCAAGGAGAGAGGAAAGGAAGGUGAUAAAUCCAGUCCAGAAUUUAGUGAGAAUGCAUCUGCUGGGAGAGCGGAGGCUGAAGUAGAUGGUAAGAAUGAUGGGAAGAAAAAGAAGAGCAAGGAGGGAACGCGGGAUGGAAUAAAGGAGAAAGUAAAGGCAGCUCAGUCAAAGAACAAGGGCAAGCGGGUGAGCUUUGCUGAUACCACGGAAGUGUUCAGAACUGAAGCUGGUGAUGGUGAGGGGAACGAAGGAGGAAAAAAGAAAAAGAAAAAGGCAGCUCAGUUAAAGAACAAGGGUAAGCGUGUGAGCUUUGCUGAUUCUGAGGAGGUGUUUGGCAUCGGAGGUGGCGACAAUGGAGAAGGUGGGAGCAGUGAUGAAUCUAAAUUUGUGCAUGGACAGAGGUUUAGCCCAGAGGAAAACGCCACCCUCAUGGAAGCUAUAAGGGAUUUUAUAGAGAUGAAGCAAUUGGGAGAGAAAGGCUUUGAGAUGAUUCAGUCUUCUCGUAAACACAAAGAGCUCAGGGGUUGUUGGGAUGUUAUAGGGAAAUGUUUACCCCAUAGACCUCACCAAGCCAUAUACAGCCGGGCACGUGUAUUACUCAGUAGGAGUGAUCAACGUAAAUGGACACAAGAAGAAAAAGAGCAUAUUCGGCGGUUUGUCCAAAAUAAUGGCACAGAGUGGAAGACAUUGGCACGUGAACUUGGGAAGUGUGAUAUCCAUGUAAAAGAUACUUGGAGAAGAAUAAAAUCUGAGAACUUGAAAAAAGGACAUUGGACACAGGAUGAGCAUCAAAAGCUAUUCGAUAUGGUGAACCUUGACUUGCGUAUAAAAGCUCAUCAAAUAAAAGAUCCCGAUAAUCGGAAGCUUAGGGAUAACAUUUCCUGGGAGGAAAUCAGUGAUAAAUUAACCACCCGUAAUCACAAGAAUUGCUGCAUGAAGUGGUACAAUACAUUAGCAUCUCCGAUGGUUAGGAAAGGAAUCUGGGCAGAUGUUGAUGAUUAUCUAAUGGUGGAAGCGCUCCAGAAGGAUGAUGCUGUUUGUGUCGAAGAUGUCGAUUGGGACAGCCUUCUCGAUCACAGAUCUGGUGAAGUCUGCCGCCAAAGAUGGAACCAGAUAGUCCGUGGCAUUGGCGGCCACAGGGAGAAGCCUUUCAUCGAGCAGGUUGAGGUGUUGUCCAGGCGCUACUGCCCGGAGAUGAUCGAGUACAGGCAACCGCGGGAAUGAUCGCCCACCCUGUCAAAGCUGUAUGCCCCUUGACAAAGGGGCGUGAUCUGUCUGAUAUCCUGCAUGUUAGCGAGCAUGUGUUGUCGCCUGAAAAAUGUGGGAUUUAUGAGAUGUGCAUGGUUUCUUACUUACCAGCUAGCACUGAGCAAAGCUAGGUGUCAUCUAGUUUUCCUUUACAUGGCAGAGUGAUUUAUGACAUGUGUUUUGUUUACUUUGUUUAUUUAUAUGUUGUCCGUUGAGCUUGAUUUGGGCAAUGCCAUGUUCCGUUCCUCUUAACAGAUUUGGUUUAUGAACUAAAGAGCAUUCCCAGAUUUUUUUUAAGAUGA